AUGCUUGAUGACAAAGGUUCUCAGCCACACCUGGGGAUCCAGAACCUGACGAUCGAGACAAUCGAGCUGCUUCUACAAAGCCAAUACGAUGAAACGGAGAAUAGUCUUGGACGCGCCCAAGUCCUUCAGCUCCUGAAGUUCUGUCUCAGGACGUUCUUCACGUUGGAGGGGACAAUCUACAAACAGGUGAAGGGCACACCGAUGGGUCUGCCGAUUUCAGGGUUCAUCGCCAAGGCGGUCCUGCAACGUUUAGAAUCGCUGGUCUUCCAACACCACAAACCGAAGUUCUGGGCCCUGUAUGUGGAUGAUACCUUCGUCGUUAUCGACCGGGAUCAACUGCUGACAUUCAAGGAACGUCUGAACGCGGUCUUCUCGGACAUACAAUUUACGAUGGAUGAAGAAGAGAACAACCAACUGGCCUUCCUGGAUGUCCUCGUGUGCCGCAAGGAUUGUGGUGGACUAAAGACCAAAGUGUUCAGGAAAGCGACAAAUACGAUGCAAGUACUGAACUUCAACAGCAACCAGCCAAUCAGCCACAAACGCAGUUGUAUAAGGACGCUCUAUCAUAGUUGA